AACUCUCUUCUCUCUGACUUACCAAACAAACAUAACCAACCAACCCAAUUCUCACUCUAUCUUGCCUCUUCUGAACAACUGCCACUUCUGCUCCUCCAACUGCUCUCUCAGACUCAAACUGAUCGUUGAUCACUUUUUCACAGAAUUCCGUUGCAUUCCUCAGCCUCUACUACUAUCAAAUCAUUGAAAAUGUUUCGUGUCUCCGACUUCGAAGACUUCUUCUCUCGCCGGUGCGUCUGGGUGAACGGUCCGGUUAUCGUAGGCGCCGGACCCUCUGGACUUGCAGUCGGCGCCUGCCUGAAAGAACAGGGUGUUCCCUUUGUAGUUCUCGAGAGGGCUGACUGCAUUGCCUCUCUCUGGCAAAAGCGAACCUAUGAUCGCCUCAAGCUUCACCUUCCCAAGCAGUUCUGUCAACUUCCCAAGGUCCCAUUCCCAGAGGACUUCCCUGAAUAUCCAACCAAGAAGCAGUUCAUCGAGUACCUAGAGUCGUAUGCUAAGCGCUUUGAGAUCAACCCACGAUUCAAUGAGUGUGUGCAGUCUGCUAAGUAUGAUGAGACCUUGGGGUUGUGGAGGGUCAAGACUGUUUCCGCCAGCAGUGGCGCUCGCUCUGAGUUUGAGUACAUUUGCCGCUGGCUCGUUGUGGCGACAGGGGAGAAUGCCGAGGCUAUGAUGCCUGAGAUUGAAGGCCUAUCCGAAUUCAGGGGCAAUGUCAUUCACGCCUGUCAUUACAAGUCCGGCGAGGACUACCGUGGAAAGCGAGUACUAGUUGUUGGGUGUGGCAAUUCCGGCAUGGAACUCUCUCUUGAUCUCUGCAACCACGAGGCCUUCCCAUCCAUGGUAGUCCGAAGCUCGGUUCAUGUCUUGCCGAGGGAGGUUCUCGGGAAAUCAACAUUCGAAUUGGCGGUUCUGAUGAUGAAAUGGUUGCCUCUGUGGCUGGUUGAUAAGCUGUUGUUGAUUCUGGCAUGGUUAGUGCUUGGAAACAUUGAGAAAUACGGGCUGAAACGACCUCCAGUGGGUCCUUUACAGCUCAAGAACUCUGCUGGAAAGACCCCUGUUCUGGAUAUUGGUGCACUGUCAAAGAUCAAAUCCGGUGACAUUAAUAUCGUCACUGGAAUCAAAAGGUUCAAUCGUGAUAGUGUGGAGCUUGUCGAUGGAGAAAAACUUGAUGUUGAUUCGGUUGUUCUGGCAACUGGGUACCGCAGCAACGUCCCUUCUUGGCUUCAGGAGAGCGAAUUCUUCUCCAAGAAUGGGCUUCCAAAGACUCCAUUUCCAAAUGGGUGGAAAGGCAAGGCAGGGCUUUAUGCAGUUGGGUUCACAAGGAGAGGGCUCUCUGGUGCAUCUUCUGAUGCAGUGAAGAUAGCACAAGAUAUUGGCAAAGUGUGGAAGGAGGAAACAAAGCAGAAGAAACACACAACAGCCUGCCAUAGGAGAUAUCGAUCCGUCCAAAUGGGUUCCUUGACAGAGAUCGGUCAAUCGUGUAUAAUAAUAAUGUAAAAAGAAGGAAAAAAAAAAGACAGAUAGCACAGAGAAUCAGAGAUCAGCCCUCUCCCAAAAGCCCAAGUUUUGAAAAAGAUUGGGCAUUUUGUGUAUUUAGGAAGAUGAGGCUUUUUCUAGUUUUUAGAUUACAAAGUUUUGUACAAUAAUUCAAUGAUUGGAUCUAAAUAAAGAUUUUAUUUUAAUGAAA